UCUCAAGACAAUACUUCUAGCAGUCAGUUUCUGUUCAAGAUCCAAGACGCGUUAAUACGGACUCCGAUUUCGAACGACCUGAUUAUGUUUCGUUACACGUUGGUUGUUGCCGCCAUCCUCUUGGUCAAUGUAUUGGAGUGGUCUCAUGGAGUCGCCCUCGACGGCACAUGUACCACUGCACAAAAUUGUACAGGCACCACUCCAAACUCGGACUGUACUGGGGCUGAUGGAUCGAAAACUUGUAAAUGCAUCACAGGCUACACCAAGCAAGGAACGGCGUGCAAAGCAAACCUAGGCACAACCUGUUCGAAUAUCACUGAUUGCGACACGAUAACAAAUCCAAAAUCAGAAUGUACAGGAUCUGGAACAAAAUCCUGUACAUGUGCCACAGGCUAUACGCAGCAAGAAACGUUGUGCAAAGCAGACCUAGGCAUAGUCUGUACGGCAAGCACUGACUGCGACACGGUAACGACAACUGAUGCUGUAUGCGACCUGAAUGCUGAUUCCAAGAUUUGCGCAGUUGGGGUGGACGGUGAUUGCAGUGGAAGCAAGAGUACAAAGUGUCCCACAUCUUCUACCUGUGUGAGCAACAAGUGCGCAUGCAGCACGGGCUACACUGCCACUACCACCAAACUUUGCAGCAAAUCUGGGGCUGAAGGUUUGGUGAACACGAUGUCGAUGCUCGUGCUGUUAACCAGUGGCAUCAUGGUCAAGAUCUUCUAAAACUGAAUGAUGUACCACACGUGUGUGUUUUCAGAAAAUCCCCAAGGAUGCGUUGUGGUACAGAAUGUUUUAACGAAACAAUUAUUUAAGGUUGAGAACAUUCCUUCGAGGAAAAGUCUCCCUUGUUAUGUUUGUUUGUUUAUGUUGUCAUGUUUUCGUUUUUUGUUUAAACAGAUGCAUUAUCAAUUGCCUUGUUUGGGGGCAUACAAUUAUGCGAUAAACCUUUAAAUAAAAAAUAAAUUACAUGUUUGAACGAAAACAUUUUAGAAAAAUGAUCGCGAUCGUGUAAAUAUUGACGAAUACAUUGAUUGACUCAAAUGUAUAGGGUUUAAGCCUAACAAGUGCUUGAAAUUAAAAAAGCAAUAUGCUCCAAAACUCGCUUAUAUCUAUAAUAAUUGACCUUCACAUGUUUGAUGAUUUUAACCAAUAAAAGCGAUGGAUUUGAA